AUACCUCUGUCUCCUCCCACAGCCUCAUCGCAGUGCUGUUUGACAACAACACUGUAACCUCUUGUAUAACCACUGCUGAUAACUUGAUAUCGCUGUUUCUUCCAGAAAAACAAACAUCCCUCUUUUUAACUGAGCAAAUACUGGACACCGUUUGUUCAUCUUUCUGACAACACAGCGGAGGCAACAUGGUGGUCGGAUUCGGCUGUCCGGUAAUCCUUUGGCUGGCCCUGGCCGCCGUGCUGGGCUCGGUACUCGGGCUUGGGGAGGACAUCGACCGGCCUCUGUUCGGGCCUCCAGGCUCUCCUCUCCGGCUGCAGGAGUCCGACCCCGGCCUGAAGAAGGCUCUGCAGUUCGCCGAGGAGCGCUACAACCGGGGCUCCAACGCGAUGCACCUCCGCAAAGUCAGCCGGCUCCUCUCUGCCACUAAACAGCUUGUUAAGGGUAUCCGCUACACCAUAACAGUGGAACUGAGUAACACUCAAUGUAAGAAAUCCACCAUGCUCAGGACAUGUGACUUCUAUCCCGAGUUACAGAAACUCAAGACGGAAGUGUGUGUGUUCGAAGUGUGGGACAUUCCCUGGCAGGGAACUUCGACUUUGCUCAAACAGAAGUGCCAGCCUAAAGUUGAAUCUCAAGUAGAAGAGACCAACAAGGUCGUGGAUGCAUCCACCAUCAAGCCUCUGGAGGAGUCUGUGGAGCUGUUGGGCCAGUUCAAACAGUUCAUGGUCACAUACAAUAAGGACUACAGCAGCCAGGAGGAGGCAGACCAUCGUCUGCACAUCUUCCACGAGAACCUGAAGACUGCUGAGAAGCUUCAGUCUUUGGAUCAAGGCUCAGCCGAGUAUGGAGUCACCAAGUUCAGCGAUCUAACUGAGGAAGAGUUUCACUCUACGUACUUGAACCCGCUACUGAGUCAGUGGAAUCUUCACCGACCAAUGAAACCGGCCUCUUCUGCCCGAGGCCCCGCCCCUGCCAGCUGGGAUUGGCGGGAUCACGGAGCUGUCAAUUCCAUCAAGAACCAGGGUAUGUGUGGAUCCUGCUGGGCAUUUUCUGUCACAGGCAACAUUGAAGGCCAGUGGUUCCUGAAAAAUGGGACGCUGCUGUCCCUCUCUGAACAAGAGCUGGUCGACUGUGAUGGGCUGGACCAGGCGUGCAGAGGAGGGCUGCCGUCAAACGCUUAUGAAGCUAUAGAGAAGCUGGGAGGCCUGGAGACCGAGACCGACUACUCCUACACCGGGCAGAAGCAGAGCUGCGACUUCACCACCUUGAAGGUGGCCGCCUACAUCAACAGCUCUGUGGAGCUGUCCAAGGAUGAGAAGGAAAUUGCAGGUUGGCUGGCUGAGAAUGGACCAAUCUCUGUUGCACUGAAUGCCUUUGCCAUGCAGUUCUACAGGAAGGGUGUGUCUCACCCUUUGAAGAUCUUCUGCAACCCCUGGAUGAUCGACCACGCUGUGCUGCUGGUGGGAUACGGAGAACGUAAAAGUAUCCCAUUCUGGGCCAUCAAAAACAGCUGGGGAGAGGAUUAUGGAGAGCAGGGUUACUAUUAUCUAUACAGGGGGUCCAAUGCGUGUGGGAUCAACAAGAUGUGCUCAUCUGCUGUGGUCAACUAAAGCACUAACACUACACACUCACACACACUCACACACACACACACACACACACACACACACACACACACACACACACACACACACACUUGAUCCAAAAUGCAUGAUGAUUACAAUCACACACGCAUAAAGCACUACUGAUGUUACCCUUCCGUUAAACCAGACUAGGUCUCCACCUUCAUACCUCACACCUUGUGUCAGUUUACUAAAAACAUACCAGUUCUAAUAAAGCUAGCUGUGCUGAGGAAUUUUAUCGUAGUUUAACUUACAUUUUAUGUGCGCAUUUAAUUCCGUUUGUCCUGCAGGUCUUAAUGAUUGCUGUGUUUUAGGAAGUUUGGGUUUUAACUCAUCUUUCCUCACAUUAACUGAGUCCACGUUUGAUCAAGAGUGUGCACUCAUUUUAGUUAGACUUCUGCCUUGUGAGUUUUCUUGCAUGUGUUAUUACCAGUGUUCAUGCUAAUGAUAUGUAGUACUUGAGAGGAGUUUUGAAAGAUGGGGGUUUUAUCUUAUAUUGGUCUGCAUACAUGCUCCGUUCAUAACUGCAAUGUAAUUGUAAAAACUGCUGUAAGAAGUUAAUGAAGAAUGAAUAAAAAAGUGUGGAAUCCA